AUGUCUUUCAUCCCGUUAUUCAAGCUCCCAGUAUUAUGCAUUAAUAACAUAUUAAGCAACAUGGAUACCAUUUCCCUUGUCAGCUUAUCAUUAAUAUCAAAAAGAUCCAAGCGACUUGUGAGAACAACUAAAACAUCUUUAACUGGAUUCAACAUUGAAAUCAAGAAUGAUGUGACUCAAGUUCAAUUUGUAACAUCCGAAAAAGAAGAUGCGGGAAAUUGGUUUUUCAAAAUAGAGGAAAAGGAAUGUAUUGAUGACCAAGUGAUGGAAAUGAGUUUUAAAGACGACACCAUCCACUCAUAUCAUUCUCCGAACGAUAUUCAGCAAUCAGUGAAACUUGGAGUAGAAUAUCUCAGAGAUUUAUUCAAAAAGCCUGUGAUUAAAGUAUAUCUUUUUCCAAAUGCUUUUAAAGCAUCCAAACGUCCAUUUUAUGUAGGAUUCAAUGAAUGUGACAAUCUUUUCAUCGAGGGAGAGAAGGAAAUAAAAAAUGAAGAUCUGAAAUCAAUACUAGAGACUUUGCAAGUCAAAACUCGAUUGAUCCUGAAUAUUCCAGUGAAUUCAUCAUUCGAAUGCAACACAAAUCUUCUCGAAUUCAAACGACUUACUUGUUCAUAUAAAGUGAUUAGUAGUCGAUGGAUAACCAGAGAAGUGCUGAUGAGUCUGAAAUGUACUCAUAUGCAAUUCCAUCACACUCUUCUGGAAGCAGACGAUAUUAUGUCAUUCUUCGAGAGAUGGUAUCACUCUGAUGAUACACAAUUCACUAUAUUGCUUGUAAAAACAGAUAAAUCGUUUGCUGGAAUGAACUUGGACAGGUUCAAUCCAACCCAAUGGAAUCCCGAGCAACGAGGUCCCAAGUUCUUAUAUUCCUCAGAUAUCGCUUUUGAGUGUACCGCUGGAGUGGAUAUAAUGAGAAAAGAUAGUUUACUGUGUACUGUGGACAACAGGAUCAAUGUCCUUAUUUUCGCUGUCUGGCACAAUCGAUUCCCUGAUGUUUCUGGGGUGUCGUGA